AUGGAGCAAACUACGCCAGUUCGUCCAACGAGCGGCUUCCGCCGUAUCACGAGCGCCUUCAACGGCCGCCUUCUUUUCUCGUGCGGGCUGCUGGCCCUCUCGCAGAUGAACUUUGGAAUGGAUCUGAAAGCCUUUUCGACAACUCAGGCCAUGCCCUUCUUCGUCCAGAAGUUUGGGACCAGGAACCCGACCACCGGAACCUACGCCUUUGAGUCGUACUUCCUCUCGCUACUCAAUAGCUUGAACUAUAUCGGCUUUGCGUUUGGCUUGGUGUCCGGCUGCUACAUUAGUCGUCGGUUCGGGCGACGAGUUUCCAUAUUCGUUAUGUGUAUUUGGGCCAUUGCUGCCGCCAUCAUCAUUGUCACGGCCGAGCGUAGGGAGGAGAUACUCGCCGGGCGCGUCAUCGCAUACGUAUAUGUGGGAAUGGAACUGGCAGUGAUCCCAGUCCUCCAGUCCGAGUUGGUGCCGAAGCACAUUCGAGGAUUCGUCGUGGGCACGUACCAAUUUGGCAUAUUGAUUGGCAGUGUCAUCAUGGCAGUGGUCUGCCGUGGCACCAGUGAUAUCCAAGGCCACGAUUCUUGGCGCAUCCCAUUUUACUUGUUCUUUAUCGUGCCAACACUCGUUGCCUGUGGUGUCUGGUUUACCGACGAGUCGCCCCGCUGGCUUUUGCUCAAGGGUCGCCGCGAGGAUGCAUACCUGUGUCUUGUCCGUCUACGAAGAGGUGCCUUCUCUGACGAAGAGAUCGAAAAAGAAUACCAGGAUUUGGAAGCUGCGACUUCAGUAACGAUAGUUGAGAAAGGAGGGUUUGUCGAGCUUUUCCGAGGCACGAAUUUCAAGCGCACCUUGCUCUCCGUGGGAGUCAACUUAUUCCUGCAAUUGACGGGCAAUAUUUUCGUCACCAUUUACGGAGCAGUCUUCAUGUCUGGUUUGAACGGAGUGAACGCAUUCACCAUGACCACUAUCAACUCUGCGGUUAAUGCCGUGUUCACACUCUUGUCGCAGUUGCUGAUCGACCGAGUUGGCCGCAGACCACUUUUACUUGUUGGCGCAGUGAUCCAAGCAGCGGCUCUCUUCACUAUGGGUGGCUUAGGAACUAUCGUCAAUCCCGGCUACCCGAUCCGAGUUGCGAUUGCAGUCAUGACGACCAUAUUCGGCGUUGGCUUCUGUUUGGGCUGGGCACCCGUCUCACACGUUGUCGCGGCCGAAAUCCCCUCUACCCGGCUUAGGGACGUCACCUUCUCUUUUAGCUCCGCGUUCAACAUCCUGGCGCAGUUUGUCAUCUCGUUCUGCAUUCCUUAUCUGCUUUACGCCCCGUAUGCCAACCUGGGCUCCAAGGUUGGAUUUAUAUUUGGGUCCUUCGCCGUUCUCGCCAUCGUAUUCUCUUACUUCUACGUUCCAGAAUGCAAGGGCAGGUCGCUCGAAGAGAUAGACGAACUUUUCGCCAGAGGUGUCCCACUCCGCAAGUUCGGCGAGACGACCACGACGCAAGUUGAGAUUGAAGAGAAAAUCUAA